AUGACUGUCAAUAAAUUUGAAAAAAUUAGGCAAACAAUACACUUUAAUGAUAAUAAUUUAAAUUCUAUGGGACCAAAUCGUGAUAAAUUAUUUAAAAUAAGACCUGUCAUAGAAACAUUAAGAAAAAGAUUUUUAACAGUUCCUUUAGAAGAAAAUUUAUCUGUCGAUGAACAAUUAUGUAGUACCAAAGCAAGAAGUGGUCUUAAGGUGUAUCUUCCAAACAAACCACACAAAUGGGGUUAUAAACUUUGUGUAUUAUGUGGGGUAUCUGGGUUUGCAUAUAAUUUUGAAGUUUGUAGUGGUCAAGAAAAUCAAGAAUGUUUUUGCUUAAAAAAAGAACCUGAUUUAGGAGCAAGUUCCAAUAUAGUUGUGCGUUUAUGUAGGGUUAUUCCUAAAAAUGAAAACUUUAAAGUUUUCUUUGAUAACUAUUAUACUUCACUGCCUUUAUUAGUUUAUUUAAAGAGACAAGCUAUUUAUUCACUUGGUACUGUAAGGAGAAACAGACUAAAAAAUGUCAAACUUCCAAGUGAUGAAGUUUUAAAAAAAAAUCCAAGGGGGACAAUAGGUAGUUGUGUGACAAAAGUCAGAGGAACUGAUAUAACAGCUGUAGUAUGGAAGGACACUAAAGUUGUUAAUUUAUUAUCAACAUUUGUUGGGGCUGAUCCUGUUAUGAAAGUAAAACGGUUUGAUAAAAAAUUAAAAAAACAUGUUGAAGUUGACUGUCCAGCUAUAAUUAAAACCUAUAAUAAACAUAUGGGUGGUGUGGACUUGUUAGAUGGAUUAUUGGGACGCCAUAAGAUAAAAACAAGAAGCCGAAAGUGGUAUAUAAGACUAUUUUAUCAUAUGUUGGAUGUUACAAUAGUUAAUUCUUGGCUAUUACAUAGAAGAAUACAAGAAGGUAAAGGGGAAAAUAAAACAUUGACUUUAGUGCAAUUUAGAAAAGAGCUAGCAAUAUCUUUGUGUAAAGUUGGACAAGUUACAACACCAAAACGGGGACGCCCAUCAAAAGAAAUACAAGAUAAUAUUGAAAAAAAAAGAAAAUUAGGAACAAAAAAAGGAGAAGUAGCUCCGACUAAAGAUAUAAGACUUGAUGGAAUUCAACACUGGCCAAUUGACAGAACUACAAAAACCAGGUGUAAAAUGCCAGGUUGUGAUAGUUACACUUGGAUCAAGUGCAGUAAAUGUGAUAUAAGCUUAUGCUGUGGAAAAAGUAGAGAACUCAACACUAUUAAGAUUCAAGAAGAGGAAAACAUCUAUCAGGCUCCUAAGAUUGAAGUUCCGGAAGAAAAGAAGAAUCCAUGUGAGAAAGCUAGCGUGCAAGAAGCUAAAGCAAAUCUCCUGUUGGUUUAA